AUGAAUUGGACGGGAGGACAGCUCCACCGACAUCUGACCCGCCCAGGCAAUCUGACUCAAGCUCAAAAGCAGCAUUUUUUCCGAUCUCGCCAGCAGCCUGUUCACGAUGGGAUGACGCGUCUGCUCAGUAACAACGGCUCAAACUUGGAUACGAGAGACGGUGAGAGGCAGGACAAUGGCAUCGCCACUGUGGAUGGCAAUAAUCUCGAACAGGGCAGGACUGGAGAAGCUAGUUGUGACAAGGUCUCGACGUCCACUCUGCCGUCCAACUCUUCCAGCCGUGUAGAGCAGGCUCGUCAUCUGGAAACCUUGAAACGCCGGCUGCUCGAAGACCCUGACUGGGCAGCGGUCACAGUUGCCCGUCCCUUGGAAAUUCAAUUCGCCUCAAAGCAAGAGAUUGAGCGGUUUGGCAAGCGCCGAAAACUAAGUGACAACGAUCGCCACCGUCUGCUUACAGCACAUGCAAAUGAGCGACAGUGGACGGUACCGUUUCUGGAAUCCCCUUUCAUGAGGGGGAAAGAACCAUCCUCGGAUCAAAUUCAGGAUAGCAUCACUAGACAGCCUUUCGGCGAUGGCAUUCAGAUAACACACAAUCAACUUCGACCAGGCCAUGAACGUGGGUCUAAGAGACAACCAGACACCUCAAGCCCUCCUAAGUCCGGACUCCUUACUGAUACAAAUGACAAUCCCAAAUCAAUACCAGAUCAAAAUACGAGCUGGACCGCUGGUCCAGUCGUGACUUCGGCUGCGGCUCCAGACAUUUGCAAGAGUCGAUCCAUCGGAGAUUGGGGAAUUAUGAGAGAUACUCCCCCAUACUCAGAUUUGCGGCAAUUGCAUCGAUCUCUGUCCGGUGUCUCUUGUAGCCCUACUGAAAUACUGCCAGUUUCCUCAGGCCUCAACGCGAGUGAAUCGCUACUCACCAGUGACACUCAAAGCUGGCUUCCGCAACCUGUACGCCGUAAAUCUCCCAGCAGUUCCCUUGUAUCACGUGUGCGAGCCACUGCGUCUUUGUCGCCUUUUCACCGUGCACUGGAAAGAUCGUGGGAAACUCUUCCUCCACUGUCUGGUGAUAGUCAUCCCCCGGCUGCUGUAGAAUUUUUCGGGCAGCAGCUGCGAAUGCGUAGCAUUGAUGAGACCGAUAGUCCAUGA